AUAUAUUCAAGAAAAUGCACCCGCUUUUAAGUAUUCAAACACCUCGAACAGAUGUGGGUACUGUCAAUUCAAUUGAUGCAGAUGAACUUUCUUUUGGUUCUCGUGAACCAUCUUUUAUUUCACCAACUAAAAAAGAGAAUUGGAAAUCUUUUAAAGCGUUAUCUACACCUGCACCAGAAAGGAUACUUUCAGAUAGAACAAAGAAUCUUAUCAACGUGAGACAUGAGUUUACACCUUUGUUACAAAGUGCAGCAAAAAAAGAACCAUUUUCCUAUGUUGAUUUGAAAAAAAAGCCAAAAUCUGAAGGAAGCAUCGAAAAUGAGAAAUCUGUCAAUACCUCUAGGGAAAAUAAUCCCGAGGAAUCUUCAUCAAGUAUCGUUUCAGUAAAAUCUAUUAUUGAGUUGCCUGAACAAGAUCUACUUAAAGAAAAAAAUGGUACAACACUUACACUUAGGGAACAGGAAAGGAUUAUUGAUACAAUGAGAAAAGAAAAUUGGGGAUUAAAGCUUAAAAUUCAUUUUCUAAACGAUCGCUUAGAUAAAUUAGCACCAGAUCAAAUAGAAAAAGCAUUGAAAGAAAACAUUGAAAAUAAGAUACAACAAGCAAAACUUAUUCAAGAAAUUAAAAAAUACAGGAAAUCGUUAUUAGAAUCUGAAAAAAAAAUACAAGAGAUAUCUGUAAAUGGACCUAAAGGUGAAAAUUUGGAAUCCAAUGAAAUAAUUUCAGAUCAAAAAAAAAUACUUGAUAAAAUUGCAUUAGAAAAUAAUCAAUAUGCAAAUGAGCUUUUCAAAGCUCAAGAAAAAAUAGAAACAUUGUCUAAAGAAAUCGAAAAAUUAAAAAAUGGCGAAAAUGAUAUAACUAUUUAUGAAAAACUUAAUUAUCUAGAGGAGCAAUUACAACGUGCCUUAGAAAAAAACGAAGACAUGGUGGCAGAACUUCAAGAAAAGCAGAACAAAAUAGAUGAAAAAGAAGACGAAAUUGAACUUCAGGAGGAAGAACGAGGUAAACUAAAACAAGUAAUUGAAGAAUUAGAACAGAAAUACCUUUCAAGAGAAAACAAUCGAGAAGUUAAUGACUACAGUACUCAUAUAGAUUCUUUAAAAAAUGAUCUAAAUAUUGCUAAGAAAAAAAUAGACGAGAAAGAAAAAACUAUUCAAAAGCUUAUUUUAGAGAAAGAUAAUUCAAACGAGCUUAGCGAUGAACUUAAAAAGGCACGUUCCGAAUUAGACAAAAUAUCUAAUGAGUAUUAUGAGUUUAAGAAUAUACAUGAAGAAAAAAUUUAUAAUCUAGAAAAUUCUUAUAACAAUCUUAACAAUGAAUUAAAAAUUAAAAAAGGGGAAAUUGCAUCUUUGCAUAAACAAUUAGAAACAAAAGAAUCUAAUACCUUAGAAAUAAAUAAGAACAUGCAGGAUAUUCUAAAUGAAAAAUAUAAGCUCGAAAAUGACUUAAAAGAAGCUUACAAUAAUAUUAAGGAAUUACAUAUAAGCUUGGAGGAGUAUGAUAAUAGACAAGAACAAUUGGAACAUGAUCUUAAAGAAAAAGAAGAUGAACUUAGUGAGGCUAUAUUUAACUUAAGAUCACUUCAACAAGAACUUGACAGCUCUACUCUAGAAUAUGAAAAAGAAAAAAAAGAUCUUCAUAGCAAAAUAGCAAAAUUAAAACAAAAUUGGGAUGAAGAACGAAUACAAUUAACUAAUGAAACAGAAUUAAUACGAGAUUCUUUAAAACAAUAUCAAGAGCGUAGCGAACGCACCCUGUUUGAUCUUCAAGAAGAAAAAAACAUUCUUCAAAAUAAUCUUAAAGAAAUUAAGCAACAAAAUUCCAACUUGCAGGAAAAUAUUAACAAAUUAGUUGUAACAGAAAAUACUGUUUUAAAAAACAAUGAAAAGUUUCAAGAAACAUUACAAAGUCAAGAAGAGCGUCACCAUAAACGUGAAGUCCAAUUGGAAAACCAGAUUAAUGAUCAGAAUAUUCGUUAUGAAAAUCAAAAAAAAGAACUUAACAAAGCUUUGGAUGAUAUGCAAAUUUUAAAAGAAGACCUUAAACAAGUUCAAAAAUCGGAAGAAUCACUUAAAAAUGAUAUAAAGUUACUUAAAAUAGAAUAUAAUGAACUUCAACAACAAUAUACAGAGAAACAAGAAAUUAUUAAAAACAAAGAGAUCCAGACUGCUCAAUUUCAUGAAGAAUAUGAAAAACUUAAAACAGACUAUGCAUCUAUUAAGGCUACUCUUAAAAAUUUAUACGAUGAAAAAAACGAUUUACUUCUUUUAAUAGAAAAGAGCAAAUCUGAUCAUAUAGAAGGAGCUGACACUUUAUCUUUGAAUAAAACUAUUAAAAUCUUAGAGCACCAAAUAGAAUCUAUUAAAUUUGAACGAGAUAAACUUUUGAAAUCUAUCAACUUUUUAAAUGAAAGCAUCUUUAAUUACAAAAAUACAGUUUCUGACCUAGAAAAAGAGCGGGAUUUUCUUAAGGAAAAACUUGAUACUUUUAACAUUCACGAAAAAAUAUUUCCACAAUCAGAUGAAAAAUAUUUUGAGUUCCAGAAAAAUAUUAAUAUACUGGAAACUCAAAUUAAACUUCUGGAAACGGAAAAAAAAAAAUUAUUAGAAACCAAUGCAGACCUUGAAAAUAAUUUUAAUGAUGCACUUAAAAAAAUAAAUAACGAAGAGAUAGAUUUAAUUCAUGAAUAUAAGAUUAAAAAGAUGGAGCUUGAGGAAAUUGUUCAUAUGAAAGAACAAGAACAAAAGAGUCUAGAAAAACAGAUUGAACAACUCGAAAUAACUCUUUUAAAUAAAGAAAAGAUUCACAAAACUAAAAUAAAACAGCUUAAUGAUGAAAUAUUUCUUUUACAAGAUAAGCUUGAAGACCUUAGACUGCAACAAAAAGAAUCAAUAGAAUUAGGGAAUUCAGAUGAACAAAUUAUUUCUGAUUUACCCAAAAGUAUACUCAAAUUAAAAAAUGGAUUAUAUAAUACGGAAUUAAAAACAAUUAAUCAACAUAAAAAUUAUGAAAUAAAUAAUUAUGAAAUAGAGUUAUCAGAAUUAAGACUCAAAUAUAAAAAUGCGAAUGAAAUUAUUUCAAGCAUGAAGCAUGAAGCUUUAACCCGUGAAGAGGAAUUUCAGAAUAGAAUUAAUGAAAUAAUGCUAAAGGAAAAAUCGAAAUUAACAAGAUUGCAAAAUGAAAAAGCACAAUUAGAAUCAAACCUUCUUCGUAUGAACGAAGAGAAAGCUAUUCUUGAAGAUGAAAAGGGACAGCUUCAAAGACAACUAUCUCUCUUAGAAACUAACGCUAUUUUUACUUCUGAAAACUAUAUAAAUAAAAAUGAAAAUGCUAAAAUUAUUCAGGAAAAAGAAGAAUUAAAAGAAUGUUUAAUGCUUACAAAGGCAGAAUUAAAUGAAAUUAAAGGAAACAUGAGGACUCGUGAAACACAAUUAAAAGAACAAUUAUAUAAAAUUGGUAAAGAUAAGCAUUUUUUAGUUAAUAAGAUGGAGUUAGCAGAAAAAAAAAUUCAAACUAUUACCCAAGAAAGAGAUGAAAUAUCUGAAAAAGUACAUUAUUUGGAAAGACAGCUCCAUGAAGAUAAAUAUUUAUAUAAUAACCAAAAUUAUUUAAAAAAAAAUAUACGUUUUAAUGAACCAGAAUCAAAAGAAUUAUAUACACUUAAAUUAAAACACAAAGCUGAAUUAAAAGGCCUUUCAAAACAAAUCCGUUAUCUUAAAGCUCUGGUAUCCAGAGAAGAACAAUUCAGAGCCAGUCUUUCAUAUACUAAGAAAUUUUUUCUUAUGAAAAUUGAUAGUUAUGAAUCUUGUAAUCAAGCAAACCUUCGGUUAAUUGAAAAGAUGGGAAUCUAUCCUGAUCGAAGUUUACGACAAAAUCAUGUUACAUUGAAAAUUAUAGCCUUAAUGAUUAUUGCAAUCAACAGAAUGAAAAAGUUUUCAAUUGAAUGGUCAAAACAAGCAAAAAUUAAAGAGAAAUUAUUCCAAUCUCUAUCAUUAAUUCGAGCAAAUAUAUAA